UUAGAUAAUUUUUGUUAAGAGUGCCUGGCCAAGUCUGGUGCUUGUACUUGUAGAGAUUUAAGGCUACCAGGGCUCUUGUGCUUGUAGAUAUAUCUCAUCAAUAAAUGUCACACCUAGAGUUUCUGUCGCAGGUGAAAGUUCUUUUUCUCAUUAAUUCGGCGAUAUCUAAUUACAUAUCAAUCAGUGUACUAAUAUAUUUGUGCGGCAGUGUCUUUGUGCACUAUGUGGGGAUAUGUUUUUGCAAGAUGUGUUCGACUGAUGAGAAGAAAGGCAACCAGCUUCUCGAGAUGAUAAACAGAGCGAGUGUCGGCGAGCGGGUCACAUGUCCCACAGGAUCACAAGGACAUGUCGAGGUAAUUUACUGGACGUCCAGAUGGACAAGUGAGGAUGUAGGGCAGGAGUGAAGGGCAUGAGGUAUCUGCCAAGGGCGUUCCCUCCCGGGUGAGCUGACUAGGCACCGCUCCAGGCUCCCCACUAUAAAAGAUCUGCCACCUCAGUGUCUGGCACCAGUCGACCACCACAACACCAACCAACAUGAAGUUUGUUAUACUUGCUGUGCUAGCCUGCAUGGCUCUGGCUGCUCCCAAGUAUAAUGCCCCAGAACCCCAGAGCACCCUGUCUGCCUCCGAAAUCGAAGCCAAUAAGCAAGCACUUAUUCUGAAGGAUGAACGUGUUCGUGAAGACGACGGAAGAUAUAACGUCGAAGUUGAGACUGGCAAUGGCAUUAUCCUGUCUCAGUCGGGCUCUCCGGAAGGAGAGACUAAAGCAAUUAGCGCUGCUGGGCAAUACUCGUACACCGCUCCCGAUGGUUCUCUUGUGAAGAUGAAAUAUGUAGCGAAUGCAAACGGCUACCAGCCUGAAUCCGACUUUCUUCCAGUGGCUCCUGAGUUCCCCCACCCAGUCCCUUUGUUUGUACUGCGGCAGAUCGCCUUCGCUGCUGAGGAAGACGCUGCUCGUGCCCGCUCUGAGUCCAAUGGACCUUCCCUUACUUACACCAGUCCUCAGUAAAAAUGAUACAUUAAAAUGCAUUAUGUAAAUCCUCUUAUCACCUAUUGCCUUCAUGUAUUUAUUAUAUUAACUAUUGUAUAUUGAGCAUCAUAUGCAAAACAAAUAAAUUUGAUCAUCAAAGCAAUAUCUAUCUUUUCACAUGAUGAAAAUUUCAGAUAUAAUAUAAAAAUGUACUUACUACUCUAGAAAUUUAGACAGGUAUUAUAAAUAGUUUUCAGACUGCAAGGUUUCAUAAAAAAAACUGCUUGAUAAACACAAUCAUUUAAUAAUAUUUACAA